CUGCUGCUGUAACGUGACGGGGUGACGUCCGCUGUGAGCAGUAGGUGAAGAGUCAGGGUGAAGUAACCGUCCGUCCGUCCGUUUACCUGCAGCUCUUCAGCAUGCCUGCGCCUUUAUCCUUCUCCGGGAGAGUGGUGGUGGUUACGGGAGCGGGUGGAGGCCUUGGAAGAGAGUAUGCAUUGGCGUUUGGUGAGAGAGGAGCUUCAGUUGUUGUGAAUGACCUUGGGGGAGAUAUAAAAGGGGGUGGGAAGAGUUCAGCAGCCGCUGAUAAAGUGGUUGAGGAGAUAAAAGCUAAAGGUGGCAAAGCUGUUGCAAAUUAUGAUUCAGUAGAAGAUGGUGAAAAGCUAAUCCAAACAGCCUUGGAUGCAUUUGGAAGAAUAGAUAUCUUGGUAAACAAUGCUGGGAUCCUGCGUGAUCGAUCUUUUGCUAGAACCAGUGACCUAGACUGGGACCUCAUUCAUCGAGUGCAUCUGAGGGGCUCCUUCUUAGUUACCCGGGCAGCAUGGAAUCACAUGAAGAACCAGAAGUUUGGAAGAAUCAUCAUGACCUCAUCAGCUGCAGGGAUCUACGGCAAUUUUGGCCAGGCAAACUACAGCGCGGCCAAGCUGGGCCUCCUGGGACUGGCCAAUACUUUGGCCAUAGAAGGCCGGAAGUACAACAUCCACUGCAAUACCAUCGCCCCCACAGCUGGCUCACGUCUCACCCAGACUGUUAUGCCACCAGAUCUCUUAGAGUCCUUGAAAGCAGAGUACGUGGCUCCUCUUGUUCUUUGGCUGUGCCAUGAGGAGUGUCAGGAGAGUGGCGGCCUCUUUGAGGUUGGCGCUGGCUGGAUUGGCAAAUUGCGGUGGGAGAGGACCGUGGGCAGUAUUGUCCGGCAUAAAGACCAGAGCAUGAGCCCAGAGGAGGUUCGGGACAAGUGGGACCAGAUAUGUGACUUUAACAAUGCAACUAAACCAGCUACUAUUAAUGAGUCCUUGCAAACGCUGGUGGAGGUGCUGUCAGCAGUGGAUACCGGGGAUGCAAUAAGAGCCAAUCCAACCAGUGCUUUGAGCCCAGCAGAUUCUGGCAUCAACCCUACACUGGCUGUAGGAGCAGUGCUUCCAGAAAUGACCUUCACCUACACCCCCAUGCGCUCUAUCCUCUAUGCUUUGGGAGUGGGCAUGUCCACUAAGGAACCUGAUCACCUCAAGUUCCUCUACGAAGGCCACGAGGACUUCAGUUGCCUUCCAACUUUUGGUGUCAUCCCUGCACAGGCCUCCAUGAUGGAAGGAGGUCUUAGCACGGUUCCAGGACUCAAUUUCGACCCCACCAGGCUUCUGCAUGGAGAGCAGUACCUGGAAUUGUACAAACCAUUGCCCACCUCAGGAACCCUGACUUCAAAGGCAUCCAUAGCAGACGUCCUCGACAAGGGGUCUGGAGCAGUCAUACUCUUGGAUGUUCACACUUACAGCAAGCAGGAGCUGGUGUGCUACAAUCAGUUCUCGGUGUUCAUUGUUGGUUCUGGGGGAUUCGGAGGAAAGCGGUCUUCAGAUAAAGCUGUGCCCACAGUUCCUCCUCCAAAUAGAGCUCCAGAUGCAGUGAUGGUUGACAAGACUUCUAGAGAUCAGGCUGCUUUGUACAGGUUGAGUGGUGAUUGGAACCCGCUUCACAUAGAUCCAAGCUUUGCAGCAAUGGGAGGCUUCAAAACCCCAAUUCUUCAUGGACUGUGCUCUUUUGGAUUCGCUGCCCGCCAUGUCCUGAAGCAUUAUGCUGACAAUGAUGUUUCCAAAUUCAAGUCCAUAAAGGUGCGGUUUGUGAAACCAGUGCUACCAGGAGAGUCCAUUCAGACAGAGAUGUGGAAAGAGGGAAACAGAAUUCAUCUAGUGUGCAAAGUCAAGGAGAGUGGAGCUGUUGUACUGUCUGGGGCAUAUAUAGAUUUACAUGCAGCACCAGACGCUUCUGUCAGCACUGCUCCAGCCGAGAGCGGCGGCCUUCAGAGUGAUUUAGUGUUUGCGGAGAUUGGCCGGCGGAUCAAAGACCUGGGAGCUGAACUUGUGAAGAAAGUUAACGCCGUUUUUGGAUGGGAAAUCACUAAAGGAGGAAAGACAGCUGCUCAGUGGACCAUUGAUCUGAAGACUGGAAACGGUGCCCUCCAUAAAGGGCCAUACAGCGGCAAAUCUGAUGUGACUUUUACUGUAUCAGACGAGGACUUCAUGGAGGUGGUGAUGGGGAAGCUCAACCCGCAGAAGGCAUUCUUCGCUGGUAAAUUGAAGGUGAGAGGGAAUAUCAUGCUGAGCCAGAAGCUGGAGGUGAUACUGAAGGAUUAUGCCAAGCUGUGAGUCUCCAACCAGUCCGUCCAAUGCCCGAGAGCGAUGCAAAUGCAGACUUCCUGACACUCUCACUUAUACAGGGGGGUAUCAGUGAUGGUAAUUUCUAGAAUCUUUGUGUGCAAUGAAAACUAAAAUCUAAUACAGGAAUGAAACUAUCAAAUUUGAUAAAAUAUCAAGCUAAUGCUGAGAGAAUGAAUGAAUCUAACCAAAUACUUGGCAUUAGAGAAAUGCACUGGUUCUAGUGAAUCUUUUUAGUUCAGGGUUUGGUUCAUUUACACCUUGAUUAUUAUGCUUUCAUUAGUCAGGUUUAUUCAGAUCAGCUCAGAGCUGGACCAGCUGAAAUUCUUGCUGAAUGCAUUAAUUAUAAGAGGUGUCCACAGACAUGUGGAGGUAGUGUAUAUAUUUUAUAGGCUGAAAUGUGAGAUAAUUGAACAUGGCACAGUUAUGGAAUUGAUGUAACGGUUAACUUCAGCUAGUGCCCAGCCGCGAAAUCAUGCAGUUUCCUUUCCUUUCUGCCAUCUGUUGAAGAAGCAAGUGAAGUACAGCUUAAGCUUUAGAACGAUUAACAAUGCCGUUAAUUUGUCGUAUAAAUCAGAAGAGAUGGAUGGAUAAAUCAGAAGAGAUGGAUGAUUUUUCUGAUGUAGGUCUAAUGUUUGGCAAUUUUGAAACACUAAGCUAAUUCAAAAUAUCUCAUCUUGUCAGAUUUACUCACCCUGACCUUAAUCUUAUUGUCUAAAUAAUGAAAAGUAAUGCAUAUGUUUAAUAUGUGCUGCUAAUUUGUAAUAAAUCUCACUUUUGUGUAACACAA